CAUUAUGAACAGAAAUAUAAUAACAAAAAAACAGCGUAUGAACACGAUUGGAAGUGGACUUAUUGAAAUAGAAAGAUUUAGAAAAGGUUCAAAAACUUUCAUAAUUAAGAACUGUGAAAAUUAUAUAGAUUACAAAUUAUUUUUUAACUAUAUUUUACAUGAGUUAAUUUUAAAGUUAAGACAAUCGUGUAUUAAAACGUCGAUCAAAUUUAAUUUACACGUUGACGCUACUUACACACGUCCUAUAACACAUGAUAAACAAGAUGUGGCUUUUAAAACUUCGAAUGUUUUAGCAUGUAAUUCAUCCGAUUUCGCUAGUUUGUUAAACAUAAAGUUUGAUAAAAUAUUAGCUGAAGAAUCUGAAUUUAUUGCUAAAGGUUCAGGAUGGACACUUGUUUCAAUAGAUGGGUUACAGUUGAGAAUCAAUUUAGUAAAUCCAUUAAAAGGAGGUGCAUAUUUAGAUUUACCUAAAUUUAUACGAGAAAAAAAGGCUAUUAUAAACGUUAAAAAUAAAGAUAAAUACUGUUUUAAAUAUUCUAUACUAACCAAAUAUGAUAAGCGUUCUAAUAAAUCACGAUUUAACCAAAAAUAUUUUGAUUUUCUUGAAAAAAAGAGUGGGUUAGAUUUUAAAUGUAUUGAUUUCCCAACACCAAUAAAUCAAAUUAAAAAAUUUGAACGUUUAAAUAAUGUUUCAGUUAAUGUUUAUAGUUUAAAUAAUAAAGGUACUAUUUUCCCUCUAUUUAUAAAUAAUAAAGAAGAAAAAAAUCAUUUUGAUUUAUUUUUUGUCAAUAAUCAUAAAACAUCACAUUAUUGUUAUAUUAAAGAUUUUUCAAGAUUUAUUAGAAGUCAGAAAACUAAAAAUUGUUCUAAAUUAAUUAUUUGUAAGAGGUGUUUUACAACUUUUGGAAAUAAACCAUGUAAAAGUAAACUUUGGGUGAAACAGGAUUAA